AUGAGGGUUGAAUUCAAGCUAAUGAUGCGGAAACCUUAUUGUUUUAUAACCCACAAUGAGACGAGUCAAAGUGCGGCAGUUCGAGAGACCCCAAAAAGCGUAGCGUACUGGCUUUAUGGGAUUGCCGGAGCGACCAUCGUUGCUGUCAGUCUUGGCGGCAUCACGCGGCUGACAGAAUCCGGCCUUUCUAUGACAAGCUGGCAUCUGAUUAAAGACAUCACGUGUCCAACGUCAGAAGAAGAGUGGCAACAAGAAUUUGAAAGAUACAAGACAUUUCCUGAAUACGAAGCUGUCCAUUCUGAUCUUACUCUUGAUGGAUUCAAGUUUAUUUAUUACAUGGAAUGGGGCCAUAGAAACUGGGGCCGCUCUAUUGGCGUCAUGUUCCUUCUCCCAUUUCUAGGAUUCGCAGCUUCGAAGAAAUUGUCGCCCCAAGUUUUCAAACGUACUCUCGGUCUGGGAUGUUUGCUUGGAUUUCAAGGCGGGCUUGGAUGGUACAUGGUGAAAUCUGGUUUAGAAACGCCUCAAGAUCCCAACGGCCCGGUUCGAGUGAGUCCGUAUCGGCUAUGCGCGCAUUUGGGCACAGCAUUCACCUUUUUCGUUGGCAGCUUGUGGACCGCGCUCGACAUUUCAUUUCACAAUCGCGGACAGCCUACAGCACUUCCCGAUCAUCGCUUGACAAAUGUCCUCAAGAAGAAAUCAAUUGCCCUAGCAGCGUUUACUUUCUUUGUUGCAAUGUCGGGCGCUUUCGUUGCUGGUAACGACGCUGGUAUGGUGUAUGGAACUUAUCCCAAAAUGGGCAAUGAUUGGAUUCCUUCUGAUUACUGGGAUAAGCAGCUCAGCAAAGUCCGGAAUAUGUUCGAAAACUCGACUGCCGUGCAGUUCAACCACAGGACUUUCGCUCAUCUUCUCAUUUUGGGAGUGACAUCGUGCUGGUUUAUGGGACGAAAAGCUGGGCUAAUUGGACGACCAAUGAUGUUUUUAAACGCUGCCAUGGCCUUAGUUUACCUGCAAGCAUGUAUGGGCAUUGGCUGUCUUUUAUACGAGGUGCCAGUUCCACUCGGGGCGGCGCAUCAGCUCGGCUCUGUUUUUCUUCUCGAUCGCGUUCUUGGCUCGCGACAAGACAUCUUCAACAAGAAUUUGCUGAAAUGGAUUGGUAUCAUUUUGGGUGUUGUCCUGGCCUUCGUCAUUGCAGCUGCCUGCUUGUAUCAGCGUAAGAGGGCGGCCGUGAAUCCACUUGAAGCUCUGAAAUCUCGACAAUCAAAAGACAGUACCAAGCACUUUGACGUCAACAAAGCGAUCAGGGCUCACGAUGCGAGAAUGGCGACGCUCGGCCGCAAAUACGGCGAUGAUGGUCAUCUUAUUUCUGUUUGA